AACGUGUGCACGCUCCUCCACAACGCGUGACUAAAAAACCGUUAAGAAAAGGAAAUAGAAAACCUUCUAUUUUCUCACCUUCUCUCCUUCAUUCAGGCUUCAACCUUAAACAAUCGAAACGAAGAGGCUAAAUUCGUUCUCUCCUUCUCUUUACCCCAAAAUUCCCCUGAUGGGUCCCCCUUCAAACUCCGUAACUUUCCUUCAUGCUCCGACACUUUCCAUCACUUUCCUCCUUUUUCUCACCUGUCAUCUCCCUCUUUCCGCCGCAUCUCAGUCGUCUAUCUACGACCACCUCCGCCUUAAUGGCCUGCCCAUUGGCCUUCUCCCCCAGGGCAUUACCGACUUUUCUCUUGACGCCACCACCGGUCACUUCCAGGUAAAUCUAACCCAACCUUGCAAUGCCAAAUUCGAGAACCAACUCCACUACGAUUUCAACAUUUCUGGGCUCCUCUCCUUUGGGAAGAUCGGUGAAUUAUCCGGUGUGUCUCAGCAAGAGCUCUUUCUAUGGUUCCCAGUCAAGGGUAUACGUGUAGAUGUCCCAAGCUCUGGUUUGAUAUAUUUUGAUGUUGGGGUUGUUGACAAGCAAUUCUCUUUGUCUUUGUUUGAGAACCCUACAGAAUGUACAGCUGCUGAUCCUGGUGAUAGGCCUGUUGAUUCUCCAGGGAUGGAUGACUCUGAGAAACAAUCAGGGAAACUUGAAUAUAAAAUUGGGCGAGGGGACUCGAGGGCUGCUUCAUAAUUGUUGAGGCGGAUAUAUACUUAAAUGUUUAGAAGUCAGUCGGUCCUUUGGGUUCUUCUUUCUGCCAAAUGAGACUGUUGGAGGUUUUGGUUUAGCAGAUCCUAUGUUUUGCCUAUGUGUGCUAGUCAGCUGUUUCUGUACAGAUCUUUUGGCCUGAUACUUCCAUCUCUACAUUGAGAAGUAUAACAGUUUUGGCCAAGAGAAGAAGAAAAAGAAACAGACAAUAAGCAUUGGAUCUUAUUUUUCAUAAAGACAAGAGUGAGAUGAGAGUCGUUAGUUUCGGCUGGUAAGUUUGCUAGAGAUUUAUAUUGUUUGUUGUUGUGUCAUAUUACUUUACAUACAAACGUUUGAGUGUUGCAUUUUGUUUCUGUAAAUGGAAAGAAUUGUCUGUUUUUGUAUAUUGUUCUUAUAAUUGUCAAUCUUAUAAAUGACUAUUACGUUGAACUAAAA